AUAAACUGCCAUGCAUUCCAAUACAAAGAUAUAUACAAUCAACAUACUUAACAUACAGUCUCAGGCAGGCCGGCCGGCUUCUGAUUAAGAGGUGUAAAAACAUGGCGUCUACGAGAGUGAUGAUGGUGGCGGCAGUGGUGUUAUUGGCGGCGGCGGCGAUGACGGAGGCGCAGGAGCAGCAGCUUCCGUCGUGCCUUCAGAAGCUGACCCCCUGCGUUGACUACUUAAACUACACCGGGGAGCUGGCGCCGUGUUGCGCCGGGCUGAAAGAUGUGAUGGCUAACGAGGUUCCUUGUCUGUGCCAGUUUGCCAAGGAUCAUGGGCUGUUGAGCUACUCCAAAGUUGAAGGCGACGAAAGCCCCAGAUCGCCCUAUGAUAUUCCCCAGGAAUGUGGAGUCUCCGAUACCUUCGUCUGCGACGCAAAUGGUGCAGGGAGGAUGAUUGCGAGGACUGCAAUUUCAAGCUUGCUACUGUUGGGUGUUCUUUUCAUGAUGCUUUGAUAGAUCACAAAUGUGUUGAGUUCUUGGACUCCACAAAAUACAUAUAUUGUAACCUUUAUCUCACCAUGACACCAUUAUAUGUUAUGAUAAUGUAUUGUAAUAAAUUUCGGA